AAGUCAGCGCAAAAUGGCGCAGAAAAUAGAUGCUGUCUGUGAUAUUAAAGGAUUUUUAAACGGAAUAACUUCAUUCGUCUCUUCAAACAAUUAAAGUUUCCAUGACGAAGUCGUAGAUAACAAUAUUUCUAUUUAGGAUUACGUAAAAAUGUCUGCAAUUAAAUUAGAAGAUGCUCAAGCGAAUUUCCGAAGUAAUCUGUUUGGAAGAACUAAUGAAGCUUUAUUGAUAGACAGUAUGCAGCUAGUUGACACCAGAAAGUCAUUUCCCGUUCCAAACCAUCUUUUAGAGAGUAAAAUCUACUCAAAGUUGUCGAGAAAUAACGUUGUUCAAGCUCGUCCUUCAGUAAUUCAUUUUUCCGGAUUCGAAUUGAAUAAGGUUCACCGUUUACCUCUGGAAUUAGCCAACAUUUCGCCAGAUGUGCUUCGAAUGCACGUUAUACCGCCUCAAACACGAUAUUUCAGUAUUAAAUAUCAAAAGAAAGAUCGCUUAGUUCCUGGUUUAACUUUAGACUGUAUAGUGGAAUUUAAAGCAGACGAAUGGCGCUAUUAUUAUGAUUGUAUCAGGAUACAUACGCCUGGGGAAGAAAAUCUGGUUAUUCCAGUACACGCCUACCCUGUCCUUAAUCUUGUCGAUUUUCCAUCAACCGUAAGAUUCUCACCCAUUCCAAUCGGCGAAAGUGAAACACGGAAUAUUCCUUUAGAAUGUAACUGCCCUAUCGAAUUCGAAUAUCAUGUUAUAGUUCUUCAGAAUCAUUCAGCCUUUAAGGUUGAACCAAUGUCUGGCGUUGUCACUCCACAUAGUAGAGAGGAAAUAUCUGUUACAUUUUCACCAAUCGAUUUUGCAACUGCUAUGAUCAAAGUACAAGUAACCGUUUCCCAAUUUAACGCCAAACCCUUAAUCUGCACUGUCUAUGGAAAAGCAAAUCCCGGAUUACUAAGAGAAAAGAUGCUAGAGACUUAUGAGAGUGAUUUAUUAAAUGAUGAUACAUCCAUGGACGACGAUAUGGAUACGGAUAACCCUUUAGACUUGGAGGAUAUAAGACCUCUGGGAAGAGUUCGAAAGAAAAGGGAAAAAUCGCAAGUCGUUAUCGAAGGGACAAGUAGACAAGCAACAACGCUAGUUGAAAGAGACGGUCUAAGAUUCGGUGAAAAUUUAGACAAUGUACACGCUGUCAAUUUAGUAUUAAAUCAAGAGCCUGGAAAGUUAAGCAUGAACGAACUCAGACAAGCAAUUUCCGCCAAAGCUAAAACAGGAACUAGUCGACAAAUGAAAGAGGCUUCUUUCGAAAAACUAGUACUGGAGGAUAUCGAAGCGGAAAAGCGUAAUAAAUUUAAAUGGCAGGUUCACGUUGGAAAAGACGCUUUAUCCUAUGAACAAAAAUUAAAUAUACUUACUGAUAGGAGAGACGCUUGGAGUACUUAUAAACUAGAAAGGGGUGAUCCAGUUUUGGACCAUGAGUACUGUCGAAUUAGAACGAAAUGUUCGUUUAAUAGGAAUACAAGAGAUUUCAAGUGUUUGCCACCUGAAGACGCAAAUUUUGACGUCUAUAGUAACGACACAUGGGCAGUUAGACAUUCCAUUUUAUCAAAGUUUCAACAAGCGGCACGCAAAAUCCUUAUAAGGAAACGGUGUGAAAAGAAGUUAAAAAGUUUACAAACUUUGUUUGUCGAUUGGAAAGAUGGAAAAUACACGGGUAAAGUUGCAGUAGGAGAUAAGAAAGAAAUUGAAAAAAAGACAAUUCAUGAUGAUAUAAAACUUUCUAUCGAUGAUAUUAAAUCCGUAUCUUUUCCAACAUAUAUUGAUCCUACUCAAAAAGAUGACUUAGCUGUAGAUUCCCUGGGUAUUGUACCAGUUAAAGAGACAGAAGUCGUUGUAAAGUCAAGAGUACCCUAUCAUCCUCUUAAAGUUCCUCAACAAUAUAAACUACUGCAAUACACCGCCUACAACAUUCAUGAAGUGGGUCAAGGUUACGUUUCUCCUAACCAAACUCGCCAAUUUCGAACUGGUGCAGAAGAUGAGGUUAUUAUUUUAUCUGAGUCUGAUGUGACACUGGUAGCCACACCUGAGCCUCCUGCUGAAGAGGAAAAACAGGAAGAGGACGAGGUAUUACUUGAAGAGUAUAAGGAAAAUGAGGAAGAAUCCAAGGUCGUAGCAGAUAUUCUUUCACCACCAUCCACUAUUUGUCGAAAUCCCAGGUACGAUCCAAUGCAUAUAUUCAAUCCAAUACCUGGGAUGCUUGUUCGACAACAACCCAUUAAUUACUCAGAGGUGGACGGCGACUUCCACCUUUGUCCUAUACCUCUUUACCCAACUGCUGAAUCAAAUUCCGUCCAUAAUUCAACUCGAAAGGCUUUCCUAGAUAGAAAAGAGACAAUUAAAGGUUCGAUGACCUGGAGGAAAUUCCCAUCUCAGGGUUUAACAUCAUUGUCUAGUACACCUACUCUGACAAGCGUAUGGGUACCACGCUGGACAGAUCCGUUUUCAAAUGACCUCCUUCCAAAAGAAACUCCAGCCAUUCUCGAUCAGUUGCCCGCUGAAGAUGUUAUUGAAGAACCUCAGAAUUUAACUGGUGCAAUGGAUACUAGUAUACCGGAAGAGGAUACGUACGCGUCUUUCUUAACAAUGGAAAUGGUUAAGGCGCAAUUUCCCGCCGUGCAAGAUCCUCCUACAAACCGAAAAGCAGCAGCAGAUGAUUCGAAACCUCCAACAACAAUGGCUAAACAAAGGGAAGACGCAUUUCCCUUUGGGGACAGGAUGCCCCCUACUAAUAUACCGGUCUCGCAGUUUGGCUACGUGCAAAAGGAAAAGAGGGAGGAAGAGCUCGACUAUUUUCUAGUAAGAAAAUACGAUCAAUUAGGUAGAAAGAUCCGCCAAAGGACCGAAAAGUGGAAAGAGAUGAAGAAGGACUAAAGUGAAGGCCUUUAUCAUUACUUAUCUUAUCCAUUGCAUAUAUAAUAACAAAAAAACCAAUAAACCGUUUUUUUGAUAUUGUUCACCUAUGCUUUGUUUAAAGUAGACUACAAGUUUUAUUAUUGAAUCAGUCGGAUCUAUUUUCUUCUCUUCCGGCAUUUUCUCAAUACGUAAUAGUAAGAAUAUAAGAAUAUAUAAUGCGCUAUUUAUCUUCUCGGCUCGUUUUCUCCCUGGCUUAUACUGGUGCUGAAGCAAGUUUUUUACUAACAAUCGUCCACCUUUUCCUUUGGAACUUAAAGCGAUCGGUUUAAUUAUAGCCUUGUACUCUUUUCAUUUUCUCAGAAGGUUUGGAGAGGUACUUUUACUACAGGACUUUAGAGAAAAGAUAGCGAUUACGAAAUCCAUUGCAUGGUUUGUAUAUUUUACUUUUUUCGGCUUCUGGUUCGGAGGUUCUGUAACUGUACGGCAUUAUCGCGAAGAAUACGUACUUAAUCUUUCCAACUGGCCCAUGACGAUGUCCGGGUUGCUCCUAUGGCUAGUUGGUGAAGGGAGCAAUUGCUACUUUCACAUAAUCCUAAGUCGAAUACCGAAAAAUAAUUGGGAAGAUGGUUCGUAUCCUAAUCAUCGCGUCUUCCGCUUAAUCGCUUGCCCUCAUUAUCUCUCCGAAAUUUUAAGUUGGUCUGGAUUCGCACUGGUUGUUUUUACUAUGGCCUCUUGGUGUUUUCUUGCCACAACAAUCAUCCUCUUAUCCAUUAAGGGUCGUUUGAAAUUACGCAAUUACAAGAAAAUGUUUGGUAACCAAACAGUCAUUGAUAGACCUUAUGAUAUACCUAAAAGUUGUUUAGUUCCUUACGUUUUCUAGUAUUAUUAUUGUGUUUUUUUUCUUAUUUUUAACCAACAUGUCACGUUCACGAACAAUAAAAUUCUUCUUCAAAAAGACGUCUGCAUAAGACCAGGUCUAUUGAUGAUCGCAUAUAUAUAUAUAUAUAUAUAUAUGUGUGUGUAUAUUAUGUGUAUACAUAGGUUUAUAUUUAUACACAUAUUUUCUUUGGAUAUAUAUAUAUAUAUAUAUAUAUAUAUA